UGGCCCCCCCCGGAAGAGGCAAUCAGAUAAAAAGCCUGUGGCUUCUCUCCCGCCAUUCCUGCGCCGCCAGAACCGUCUUCAAGCCUCUGACGACGCCGAGCCGGACAACCCUCCCAGGGCACAAGCCAGCAGAGAUCGUCCAAUUACAUACUUGUGUGUAACGAGUGGCUGCUUCUCCAACAACAAAAAAAGAUAGAACAAAAGGAACAAACAGUCUUGGUUGGCUGAUCGCCGCCCUCUCACCAACACCAGCAAAGAUCCCCCACAACAAAUCAACGCCUUUCGCCCUCCAUCUCGAGACGAACCCAUCCCGGGGGGCUCCCCACGUCAUCUUACCAGGUGUUUGGAAAAGAAAAAAAGACAAACAAAAAGGAUCUCACAUGCCCGCUGUUUGAUCACAAUUGAAACCUCUUACACACAUACUACUAGAGAGGCUCGUUGCUUGCCGCUCCCAUCACAACACACCAUGGCGUUACGGCAGAGAUUCAGGAAUUUGGCGGACAAGCUGGCUGUUGAGGCAGAGCCCGGCUUGUCAACUACACAGCUGAUGCUUGUCAACCAUGACCUCAAGCCCGUGGAAAAGGAGCGCCGGCAAUGGGGCCCCUGGAACUUUGUCGCCUUUUGGAUCGCCGACUCGUUCAACAUCAACACGUGGAUGAUCUCCUCGUCCAUGAUCAUCGCCGGCCUGUCCUGGUGGCAGGCGUGGAUAUGCGUCUGGCUGGGCUACUCCAUCUCCGCCUGCUUCAUCGUCAUGACGGGACGGAUCGGAGCGACGUAUCACAUUGGCUUCCCGGUCAUUGGGCGUGCCUCGUUUGGCAUCUGGGGGAGUCUAUGGCCCGUCUUUAAUCGUGCUGCUAUGGCAUGCAUCUGGUACGGCGUCCAGGCCUACAUCGGCGGCACCUGCGUCUACCUCAUGAUCCGCUCCAUCUGGAAGUCCUGGGACGCGUCCAAGAUGCCGGGCACCUUUGGCACCAGCGCCACGACGACGCCCGAGUACGUGUCCUUUGUCAUCUUCUGGCUGUGCUCCCUGCCCGCGCUGUGGUUCCCCGUGCACAAGGUGCGUCACCUCUUCACCGUCAAGGCCUACUUCGUGCCCGUCGCGGGCAUCGCGUUCCUCGUCUGGGCCUGCGUCCGCGCGGGCGGCGUCGGCCCCAUCAUCCGCCAGCCGGCGACGGUCCGCGGCAGCGAGCUGGGCUGGCAGUUUGUCAGCGGCGUCAUGUCGUCCAUUGCCAACUUCGCGACGCUCGUCGUCAACGACAGCGACUUCACGCGGUUCGCGCGCAAGCCCCGCGACGCCGUCUGGUCGCAGCUCUUGACCAUCCCGCUCGGCUUCGCGAUAACCUCCUUCAUCGGCAUCAUCGUCUCGUCCUCGUCCACCGUCAUCUACCACGAGCCCAUCUGGAGCCCGCUCGACCUGCUCGGCCGCUUCAUCGACGACGGCGGCUCCGCCCAGCGCUUCGGCGUCUUCGUCAUCGCCCUCGCCUUUGCCCUCGCCCAGCUCGGCACAAACAUCGCCGCCAACUCCGUCUCCGCCGGCACCGACAUGACCGCCCUGCUCCCGCGCUACAUCAACAUCCGUCGCGGGUCCUACAUCUGCGCCCUCGUCGGCCUCGCCAUGUGUCCGUACAACCUGCUCAGCAGCUCCAACCAGUUCACCACGUACCUGUCCGCGUACAGCGUCUUCCUCAGCUCCAUCGCCGGCGUCAUCGUCUCGGACUACUACCUCGUCCGAAAGGGCUACCUCGAGACCAAGGAGCUCUUCGACAGCCGCAGCACGGGCCCCUACUUCUACACCUGGGGCAUCCACUGGCGAGCCUACGCGGCGUACGUUUCCGGGAUCCUGAUCAAUGUCGUCGGUUUUGCAGGCGCGGUGGGCACAAAGGUGCCCAUGGGCGCGACGUACAUUUACAGGCUCAACUUCUUCUGCGGCUUCAUCGUUUCGCUGGGCGUGUACUGGAUAUUGUGCAAGGUUUCGCCGGUUCCCGCGACGAGCGACCGGUGGAUGGAAGUUGGUGAUGAUCUCGAGGAUGAGGCGCAGCCCACGGACGAUGGCAGUUAUGACGAGGAGAGGGAUGCCGGCGUUAAGACGCUUGACAAGAAGGAUGUGCGGGAGGUGAAUUUCUAGAUGCAACGAGGGUUUUUUUUUUCGUCCUUUUCUGUUUUGCUUUUGGUUUGUGUAUAACGACUAGACGUAUCUUUAUGUGUUUACGACAGUGGCGCUCUGCUUUCAGAGAGUUGAUGUUUGAAGAAUAGGAAGUCAUCUCCUUCCC